AUGGCGGGCCAGCAGUGGCCCUUACCAGAGCCCCACGAGGGCUGGCUGUUAAAGUCGGACCUGAGGAAGAAGGCGCUCAUAAAGUCGGGGCUGAUCAAGCGGUGGCAGUCAGGGCUGAAGCUGGACAAGAAGCCAGAGCCCAGCAAGAAGUGGCUGCCUGGGUCGAGGCCACUGGAGCCCUUGCCUCUGGGCAUGAAAUGUAAGCCCUGGUUCAAGGACAGGGACAGGUUGCCUUCCCGCUAUCUCUCCAGGCAGAACAACAAGCUUGGGAAGUGCCCCACCUCCAUGGACAGCCGGCGGUGGGUAUUUGUGAAGGAGGGACUGGACGACUUCAGAACGGGCUGUCCAUCUCCUGAAGAUGUGAUCACUCGUGGCCCUCGGGAGGGCUUCCUCCCCAAGGUUGCUCAUAGAAUUCCCCGCCCUCCACCCAAAAAGAUUCAUAGGCAGCCGCCCAAGGGAGUGGACCUGUGUUCCAAGCUCUUGGCAGCCCAGCCAGUACGGAAGGCCUUUGUAGAGAACACUGAAGCCACCCUGAGCAAGCAUCCCUUGGCAACCUACCUAAAACUGGAGAAAGAUCUCUCUCCAGACCUCCUGCUCAAGGUCCUGGAAGUGCUAGAUCCUGACAGGGAGCUGGAGGACACGUGGGCGUAUUGUGAGGGCACCAAGGAAAGAAAGAAGACCCCCACACACCUGUGUGAAGAACAUCUUGAGAAGGUCAACCUGGAAACUCCCGAGGACGUCAACCUGGAACCUCCCCAGGAGGUCAACCUAGAACCUGCAGAAAAAGCCCACCUGGAAUCCGCCAAGGAGAGUCUCCAGUCAAAUGUAAGCAGUCUGUUUCCUGAGGAAGAGACAAAAGCAUUAUGCAUGAUGGAUAUCCCCAAAGUUCCUGUUUACCAAAAACAAAGAAGAGCAACAGUUCCUAAAUUCUGCAGAUUGAUGGAUGAGAAUUUUGAAAACAUAGACAUUGAUAAAGAGGACAUCAUGAAAAAGUUUGGAAUUGACCUUGAGGUCCCACAGACCGAUAAUACAGUCAAAAUAAAGGAAAUAAGCCACCUUCCUUUGAAUAUCCAGCACAGAAAACAGCUAGAUGAAAUAAAGCAGAGAAAAUUCUCCCUGCAGAAAGGUAACUUGGAAAGAAAACUCCGAAAACCUGAAGACCCUUAUAAACCCAAACAGGAGAAGAUAAGGGACAAAAAUCCCUGA